AUGUCCAACUCCAUGAUCUAUCUACUCUUGGUCGUCGCCGUUCUCACCACAGUCGUCGAUUCAAAAAAGGAUUGCUCAUCGAUUCGUGGGUGUGAUGAGGAUGUGUCUCCAGUCGACUUGGGACUCGUUCUCCCGCCAGAACUCUACGAGUCGACUCGUCUUGCUAAUCUUCUGGCGAGACCAUCGUCUCAGUUCAAGAUGAAAAGAGACUACGAUUUCGUUCGAUUCGGAAGAUCUGCUCCAAUGAAAAAAGCGUCGUACGAUUACAUCCGAUUCGGACGGAAAUGA